CCACGUUCUCUUCAUGCUUGAAUCAUAACCGAAGUAUUAGCUCCUUUCAGGCUUUACCUAUCCUCUCUCUGCGUUACAAUGGGUUUCAAAUCUUUGUUCUUUCUGUUAGCAAUUCUGUCUUUGCAGGCUGCUUAUGCCAAAGCCCCAGUGCCAGCCCUAGCCCCAGCUCCAAGCCCAAUAAUAAAGGCAGCGCCGCCGCCUCCUGCUCCAGCUCCGCCGGUGCUUCCUGCUCCUCCGCCUCCCAAGGCAAAAAUAGAAUGUCUCCCUCUAUGUGAGGAGAGAUGCAAACUGCACUCUCGGAAGAGGGUUUGCCUGAGAGCAUGCACGACGUGCUGCGCCCGCUGCAAAUGCGUGCCGCCGGGAACCUACGGCAACCGUGAGAAGUGCGGCAAGUGCUACACCGACAUGACCACCCGCGGCGGCCGCACCAAGUGCCCCUGAUGUAUGAUGCCCCCAACUUACUUGCGUACGUACGUACUUACUUCAUAUAUGAAGAAGAUGGCGCUGCCGCUCUAAACUAUUAUGCAAUAACGUAUUUUGAAUAGAGUCCGAUCUAAUGUGGAAGGAAAAAAGCUCGUUUUCCAUUGACAAUGAUGGUGAGUCCGCUGGCUGGAGAGGAUCGUCUGUAUUUCCAUGCAACUUUAAUUUUUAUUAUUAAUA